GUCAGAGGAGGGUGAUGUCAGACUGUGUCCUUGGAGAUUUAUAAUACAGGAUGAGAUCAGACACACCACAGAGACAGCAAUUUCAGCAUCUCUUCCUGACUAUCUAAAGGUACAGCAAUUUCAGCACUCCAACCUCUUCCUGACUAUCUACAGACACAUUUUUUAAUCAAAUGACAUCAUCUAUUACAAUCCACUAGAACAAAGUCCACAGAUUCAGCUCUCCAGAAAUGAGUGGACAGGAAGUGAUUUGCAUGGACCCGAAACCUCAAAGUACAUCAAUGCAGCAGAUGAGAGAAAAACCAAGGAACUCCCAGAGCAAAGCAUCUCCUGCACCACCUUCUCCCUGGAAGACCAUUGCUGUGCUACUGGGGAUCCUCUGCCUGCUUUUAGUGGGAGCUACAAGGGCUUUGUCUGCCAAAUUUUUCCAGGAUUCCAACCCACAUGGAAGCCAGGGAAACUGUACCCAUCAGGAAAGCUCUACCCUGCACCAGAAAAUAACUGGAUAUCAAAAAGCAUACACCACCACCAGAGGGGAUAAAACCAGUUCAUGUCCAGAGAAAUGGGAACCACAUGGACACUUCUGUUACCUCUUCACUAAUGACUGGAAAUCCUGGCAAGAGAGUAAAGAUUAUUGUACUUCUUUGGACUCCAAACUCCUUGACAUCAAAAAUAAGGAAGAACUGGAGUUCUUCAAAUCAGUAUUACAUGUUCCCCACUGGAUUGGACUAUCUCGUCAGGCAGGCAAUGAGUCCUGGCUGUGGGAGGAUGGCACAGCUCUCUUCAAAGACCUGUUUGUAGUAGUCCAAGAGAAUACCUUAGGGUGCUGUGUGCUUCUCUCUAAAGUAGAAACCAAAUGCGUUUCUUGUGAGGAACCGUACUCCUGGAUUUGCAAGAAGGAGGCUGUGCAUCCAGAACCUGCUGCUCUGGCAGAAGGAAGGAAGAAAAGCCACUAGAAUAUAUUCCUGCUCCAUUCCAAGUCCUGCCCACAUACACAGCUUCAAGGUCCUCCCUGCCACCAGUUUAACCUUCACUGCUACUGCCAGUGCCAGUUGCUCCAAAUACUUAGCUGUGGCCAUGGGAAAGACCGAUUUCACAUUUUGGCUGAAGCUGCACAGAAAUUUCUCUCUGCCACCCACAGCAGUGUUGAGAGUGAACGGCUGUUCAGUGCAGCUUCACAUGUUGUGGAUGAAAAGAGGA